AUGUACGAACUGCUUUAUUCUCGGCAGAUAAUUGAGAAUCAGAACGUGGAGCAGAAACAUCUGACGGAUGAGUUGAUGAAUUACAGACUCCUCCUCAAUGAAAGGACAAAAGUUGCGACUAAAUUGAAAAUGAAACAAAAAAGAAACGAAGUGCACGUGGAAAAACUAAUUUCGCGUCACAGGGAGCACUGUUUGAAGUUGACUGAACAACUCUGCCAUGCUAGAUCUCAGAACAUUGAGCUGCAGCAACAACUGGAUUGCUUUGAAAAGUUAAAAAGCCAAGAAACAGCGGUCACAUUUGCAUUGGCGGAGUUGAAAGAAGAUUUGAAAUGCGAAUUGAAAGAAAACGUUGACGGAUUAAACAGGGCUCAUAUUAGAGGCAAUUACGUUGAAAAUAAGAAAAUGCAAGAAAAGCAGCAGGAAAUAAAGGAUGGCAUUCUGACCAUACAACAAUCUGUGGAAUGGAUAGGGAAUGGAAAUGUGCGUUCGAAUGUGAUGCGAUCCUCUGAUGUUGUUACCUCGAACAACGGCUUCACAAGCAGUCAAAAAGACGGCCAAAUCUCUGCUGCAUGCGAUCACCAAGAAAUGCUUAAGAAAAAGUUGGAAUGGAGGUUGAAUGAGCAUUUGAAGGGCAUGCAGAGCCAACAUGCCAGGUCCCAACAAUCCAUCGACGAUUUCACGCGGAAGUUGUGUGCCCUCGAGAAGGUAACAUCAUGUUAA